UGGGCCAUAGUAAUUAAUAAGAGCUCGAGGUUCUGAUUUUUGGGGACUUCCCAGCUAAGAAUACUUGGACUUGCUCUGAUAAAUGGGAAUCUAUCAGUUAACAGCAUGGCCCAAAUAUCCAGUCGAAAUGGAUUCAAACAGUCAGCACCUGCAACAGUGGGUUACUCUGGGAAACGAGCUGUUGGCAAAGAGGAAGCCCUGCAAAUGGAGGCUGAAGCCUUGGCUAGGUUGCAGAAGGAGAGAAGCCAAAGUUUAAAGGAGGAUCAUCCGGUGAGGUCUGCCAGCAAUGCAUGUCAGAAAUAUCCAAAUACCGUCCAGGAAUAUGAUCUUAUUCACUUCCCUGAGGCAGAAAGCUCCAAGAAACAAGCUGCUGAUGCCCUGUCUGACCUAGAUAUAGAGAAUCUAACUUCAGCCGAACUGGAAAAACUGUUGUUGGACAAAAACUUUGGUCCUAAAAAAAUAACUCGACCUCAUACAUUACCAAGUACCCCUCUUGUAAGUCCAUCGUUCUCAAGCCCAUUUUACAAUCAGGCACUGUUUUCUGGGGGACAGUGGACAGGUGGAAUACAGGGGCCUGUGGUCCAAACAAGUGCUUAUCGUGCAAGACCAGUGACAUACCCUAAACAGCCUGAUCCAUUUCAAAACGGUUUUGGACCUGUUCCUGGACGGUCUUCAUACCGACCUUCAGAGCCUAUUUAUAUUGGCCUUCAUGCACAUCAGUACAUGCCUUUCCCACUCCAGACUACUACACCUGUACGCCCUGCAGGAGUUAUUCCACCUUAUUCAGCAGUACCACCUGAACUGGCAAAGCUAUAUGAUAAAAUAGCCAGCACAUCAGAAUACUUGAAAAAUAGCAAGUCGAGCAAUGAUUUGGAAUCGUCCAGUACUAUGGUUCCUAAGUUACCAGUUUGUGAAAACUCAAACGAUGUUAGCAAGUUUGACUGGCUAGAUCUUGACCCACUCAAAGCGAGGAUCGAAAACCUGGAGUUGUCGUACAGCGCAACGGAUAUUGAGGUGAAAGUAGACGCAGGCACUGUUGCUGGGGAUCCUUGGGAGCAAGUGCUACAAAAACAAAGUCCAUCAGAAAGCAGCCCACCUGACAUUAAGAGCAAGGUGGCAUCAUUCAAGCAGCCAAGUGGGAAAUCUCCAUCUGGAGUUUCAGUGACACGAAGUUUAUCUCUUAACCUACGAUCCACAAGUUCACAGCUUUCUGACAGGGGACGGAACAACAAAUCUUUGCAGGUACGAGAUUGAAACACAUUGUAUCUUGCAUGAUGCUUCAGUUUUCUAUCUCUUAACUGAUAAGCAAAUGUGACUAUUUUCUGAACUUUCGGGCUAUGAUAGUUUGUCAAGUGUUGUAAGGCAUAUUACUGUUUAAACACUAAUUGUGGUAUAACUUGGUAGUUAUACCUUUUUCAUAACAUUGCAAGAACAUGAAUGGGAGCAGAAAUUGGCUCUUCAAGCCUAAGCAGGCAUCCUAAGAGAUUAAGAUGUUGAGUUUGAAAGAUCUUUGAAAUGGUUUUCAUAAUGGCACUUUGAGGUCUGCUCAAGGUGAGUACUUAGUGAGUUAGAAUAGGGACAUAAGAAACUACUGGGUGUGUGGGGGUUCUGAAUUGUCAUGUGGGUAUAAAAAGUGGUUUGGGACUGAGAACCUAAGAUUUUACAACAUAACUGGGAUGCCAAGUGGUCUUUAAACUAGACCCUCACUGUACCCAACUAUGCUCCACUUCUGGAGGCGCAGGGCCUAAUUUUCCUACAUCCAUACCCUGUAAGAGAUUGACUGACUGACUGACUGACUGAUCUAGCUUAACUACACCUUUCCAUGCUAUUCCUACAUCCUUAAUUAUUUUUCUUACUACUGUAAACAUUCUCAUCCUUCAAAGUUCUGAAUGCAGAAAUUUUCUGUUCCUCAUGUAAAUGGCUGAUCCCUUUAUUCUAACAUUGUGACCCAGUUUUCUGG